AGAAGUUUCUUUCUUGUCGCACAAUUAAAUGUGAAAUUUUUAAUUAGCGAGACGGACAUUGUAAUGAUGAUUAAUGAAUUUAAUUUCUUCUCUAAUUUAUUAUCAAGUCGGCUUAUUUAGGUAUAACUGUUAACCAUUCCAAGAUGGGCAUUAUCCAACGUAUUUUCAAAGACAUAAAAUUGCACCGACUGUUUCUGGAUCUGUCUCUUUUGUCAGCCAGGAUAAGUCUGGCGAUGAUAAUUGCAACUUUCAGAAUGAUUUUACCGUGUUCCAUGAAACGUUUACUAGGAGAAACCGUUCUCAUUACUGGAACCGGCCAUGGAAUCGGCCGCGAAUUAGCCAUUCAGUUAUCCUCGAUGGGUUGUAUCAUUGUCUGUUGGGAUAACGAUAUUGAUGGCAAUCGAUCAACAAUGAGAGAAGUGUCAAAAAAUGGCGGAGAGGUUUACGGUUUUGUGGUCGACGUCUCAAAGAGAUUGGAAGUGCGCGAGACGGUGAGACUGAUGAGAAAAGUCGGUGUGCCGGAUGUGACGAUACUCAUUAACAAUGCGGCUGUAUUAUACCAUAAGUCAUUCUCGAGUCUUGAUCCGGACGACGUAGAGAGGACAUUUGACGUUAACGUACUUUCAAACUUUUGGACGAUAGAAGCGUUUCUGCCUACGAUGCUGAUGAAAGGGAGCGGUCACAUAGUAGCGAUAAGUAGUAUGUGUGGUAUUUACGGGGUGUCGCAGAAGGUGGCGUACUGCUCAUCAAAAUUUGCCGUGAGAGGACUUAUGGAGGCCCUUCACGAGGAAGUACGAUUGAAUGAGAGGAAACCUAACAUCCAUUUCACGACGAUAUAUCCGUUCUACGUUGACACAGGAUUAGCGAAGGAUCCUGAAUACAGAUUUCCUUAUAUCUUUGGCGUCGUGACACCAGAAUACGCCGCCCGAGAGAUAAUUAAAGCGAUACGGAGAAACGAUACGGAAUAUUCAAUACCGCGAAGUCUCUUUUCUCUGAAUGUAAUCAACAGAAUUCUUCCGGAGAGCGUGAUGCGUUUGAUAUUAGACUUUUUAGCGGAUGUCGAUCGAAAGCAGAAGGAAAGAGACGCAAUGAAUUCGAGAUUAGAUUUGAUAUGCUCAGAGAGUACAAAACUUAGAGAUUAUGCACAGUAAAGGUGCACUUAUACUUUUUUUUAUUAGAUAUUUACAUAACGGAUGAAACGAGAAAGUCUGUUUGUAGUAUAUCACAUCUGUUAAUCGUAGUAUAUUCAUUAAGUAUGUAGUAAAUUUAUUAUUGAAUUAAUAAAUAUAUAUUUUCUCUGCGUUUUUUAUCAGUUACUAAUGUGGCAAUUGGGUGCGGACUUUAUUGGGAUUUUUAAGAAAGUCUUGAGAUUCAUGGAAAAUUCAUGGAAAAUUGAAAA